AUGAGCGAUAAUCCAUUUGAUCUGGCAGCAAAUCAGAAUCCUAAGAAUGGCAAUGCGUCUGUGAGCGCAUUGGACAUCCCUUCGCCGUCUUUGGAGUAUUGUACAAAGACUGUGGAAGAAGCGGCGGCUGCAUUGGGCACUGAUGUCGAAAAAGGACUGUCCUCCGCUAGCGAAGUCAAACACCGCCAACAAGAGUACGGGAUCAAUGAAAUAGCAUCUGAAGACGAGGAUCCCCUCUGGCGCAAGUUUCUGGCCACUUUCGUGGGCGAUCCGCUGAUUUUGCUGUUGAUCGGUUCAGCAGCCAUAAGUUUUGUUAUGGGCAACAUCGACGACGCAGUGAGUAUCACUUUGGCUAUUGUGAUAGUAGUUACUGUUGGCUUCGUACAGGAACACCGUUCCGAAAAAUCUAUCGAAGCUCUCAACCGUCUAGUUCCUGCAGAGUGCCAUCUAGUUAGGGGUGGUCAAGAAUCCAAAGUACUAGCGUCUGUACUAGUUCCUGGCGACGUGGUGCGUUUUGGCGUGGGCGAUCGUAUUCCAGCUGAUAUCAGAAUCACUGACGCGGUCGGCUUGUCUAUUGACGAAAGCAAUCUCACCGGUGAAAACGAACCUGUACACAAAUCCACGAAAGAGGUUUCUAAAGAUGCUUAUAACGACGUUCCAGGGUCCUUGGUACCAUUGGCUGAUAGAACUUGUAUUGGGUUCAUGGGAACUCUGGUCAGAGAAGGCCAUGGGAGGGGUAUGGUGGUCGGAACAGCUAAGCACACUGCUUUCGGUAAAGUGUUCGAAAUGAUGAAUUCGAUUGAAAAGCCCAAGACACCGCUGCAAACAGCCAUGGAUAAAUUAGGGAAAGAUCUCUCACUCGUGAGCUUUGGCUUAAUUGGUUUAAUUUGUCUUAUCGGUAUACUGCAGGGCCGCUCGUGGCUGGAAAUGUUCCAGAUUUCAGUUUCAUUGGCUGUCGCAGCCAUUCCAGAGGGUCUUCCGAUUAUAGUCACUGUUACUCUGGCUUUAGGGGUACUGAGAAUGGCCAAAAGAAGAGCGAUCAUCAGAAGAUUACCUAGUGUUGAGACGCUAGGUUCUGUCAACGUUAUUUGUUCGGACAAGACGGGUACUUUAACGACCAACCAUAUGACUGUAAACAAAAUAUGGUGUCUUGGCAGUAUGUCGAACAAGUCCAAUAUUCUCAACCUGAAUAAGGUAUCCGGCGCAAAUUUAAAGAAACACAUCAGCGAAGAUGUGAAGGCCACUUUGCGUGUCGGUAACAUUUGCAACAACUCUACAUUUUCUCAGGAGCAUGUUAAAUUUCUAGGCAAUCCAACGGACAUUGCCCUACUCGAGGUCUUACGUGAGUUUGGCCUUGAGGACCAGCGUCCGGCAGUCACCAGAAUUGGUGAAAUUCCAUUUAGUUCGAAGAGAAAAUUCAUGGCCGUUAAAGUGAAGGACUCAAAGGGCAAAAUCAUGAUAUAUGUGAAGGGUGCCUAUGAAAGAAUAGUGGAAAAGUCUUCUCAUUUCAUCAAUGCCGAAAACAAACUAGUGAAACUGGACAGUGCAUUGAAAGAUGUCAUUAUUGACAGUGCAAAUACUCUCGCGUCUGAAGGACUACGAACAUUGGCGUUUGCUCAGUUCGAGCCGCCAAAUGGUUCGACUGAUGCUUUUGAUGAAAGAACGAUAGAUGGACUUACUUUCGCAGGACUGCUUGGUAUGAAUGACCCACCAAGACCAUCAGUAAGAGCCGCGGUGGAGAGACUUUCUGAAGGCUCCGUCCAUGUUAUUAUGAUCACAGGUGAUUCCGAAAGUACAGCUGUCAAUAUUGCAAGACAAAUUGGAAUUUCAAUCCCAAAUCCAGAAACAGCAGUUCUCACCGGUGACAGACUUGAACAUAUGAGCGAAGAUCAAUUGACAAGUAUAAUCGAUCAUGUCAGCGUUUUUGCCCGGGCCACUCCAGAACAUAAACUAAACAUUGUGCGUGCUUUGCAGAAGAGAGGUGAUAUCGUUGCAAUGACUGGAGAUGGUGUUAAUGACGCACCUGCCUUGAAACUUGCUGAUAUAGGUGUUUCCAUGGGUAAGAUGGGUACUGACGUCGCAAAAGAAGCAUCCGAUAUGGUACUGACGGACGACGAUUUUAGCACCAUUCUUACCGCAAUCGAAGAAGGUAAAGGCAUCUUUAACAACAUUCAAAACUUUUUGACAUUCCAGCUUUCUACGUCGGUCGCAGCGCUGUCUUUGGUUGCGAUUUCUACAGCAUUUAAGCUCCCAAACCCGCUAAACGCCAUGCAGAUUUUAUGGAUCAAUAUUUUGAUGGACGGGCCACCCGCGCAAAGUCUUGGGGUUGAACCUGUGGACCAUGAAGUCAUGAAAAAACCUCCUCGUAAGCGUUCGGAUAAGAUUCUGACCAACGAUGUAUUCAAAAGACUUCUACAGAGUGCAGUUCUCAUCAUUGUUGGGACCAUAUACGUGUUUGUCAAGGAGAUGACCGAAGACGGAGCCAUCACUGCCAGAGACACCACUAUGACCUUUACUUGCUUCGUAUUUUUCGAUAUGUUCAACGCGCUGGCUUGUAGACAUUCUACAAGAUCUAUCUUCGAAGUGGGAAUCUUCGCGAACAACAUGUUCAACUACGCUGUUGGGUUCUCCUUAUUGGGUCAACUGUGUGCAAUUUACGUCCCAUUCUUCCAAAGGAUUUUCAAAACUGAAAGUUUGACUUUGGGUGACUUGGUAUAUUUAUUGACUCUCAGCAGCACCGUAUUCAUUGCGGAUGAACUUCGGAAAUGGUAUCACAGAAAGCAAAGGGUCAAUGAUCCUUACUAUUACUCUGUUGUUUAA